AAGCGCCAGUAUCACUUCCAGCGUAUCUAAAUAUCCACCAAUCGCUUAACAUUUACAUAGCUCUUUUGCCACUUUUUUUUUUUUUCUCUUAUGGUUGCGGACGAUCCUCCGCCUUUGCUACAAAAGUCUUGCCGCGCGGUCUGGCCAACAUCUCAGGGAUCUAACAACGCCCAAUCGACGAGGCCUAUCGGCCAAUUGCACCAUGACUUCUUCAGUCCUUUCAAACCCGGACUCCCUUGAGGUGCUGACGGAAAUGGUCAAUCAGACCUUGAUCGAGACUGGCCGGUUUUUCCAACAUAAAGGGUCACUGCAGUCUCGGGCGCAACUGAAACGAACCAUUCCUGCAGCGCAGGAGCAAUUUCAGUCUGCGUUAGAUAAUCUAUCUGAACAGAUAUUUGUCGCCAAGGCAUUCCUGGAAAGAGACUAUGAAGUCCUCAAGGCGCGUAAAGCUGCGCUCCGGUCCAAGCGCCCUGCAGAUGAUGUUGUCAUGGGGGAGGCAAAGGCAACGGUUACUUCUCAACCCGUGUCUGUCUCCGAACAAACGGCAGCCGGCGAGAUAGUUCCCAACCCCAGCGAAUCUAAACCAGUCAGUGACACUGUGAAAAUUGAGCAGCAACCAGAUCUGAAUGGAGACGAGCCAGGAACGGCCAAUGUGCCUGCGAAAGAAGAGGAGUCACAUGGCGCCGGCGCCGGUACUGCCCCCGAUUUUUCUGGUCAGAAUGCUGGAGAGUCGGAACAAAUGCUAUAUAACUCAAUGUUGAACAACCCAGAGCAUAACGAGUUCGAUCUUAAUCUCGAUUUCGGUGGCAACAACAACAACAACAACAAUAAUAAUAAUGACAACGCAGCAAAUGAAAGCUUCUUCAAUACAACCUUCGGGGAUACAAACCCUAAUUCUGGUCUCGAGAGCGUGAACACUCAAAUGCCAAAUACGGAACCCGGCCAGGAUAAUAAUGCUUUGCCGACGGGAGGCGAUGCUUUCGAUCUCGAAUUACAAAAAUUCUCUACUCAAUCUGGCGAUGCAAACGAACAAUUUGGGGGCAAUACAGAAGAUAUCAUGGGACCAGGGGAGUCCAGUUUUGACGACUUGUUCAUGGAGAGUGAGAACAUGGGCGGAAACGACAACAACGACCAGGAUUUGUUAGGAGGCGAUGGGUUGAUGCAACUGAACGAGCUUGACGAUAACUGGUUCACAUGA